ACAAAAUCCUCCAUCAUAGCCAAAUUCCACUCUUGCUACAAACAAGGACACUACAGGACAUCAGGAGACUGGAGGAGGCACAGACACCAUGGCAACUACCUCAACUCAGAAUGUGGAGUUUGUGCGGACCGGCUAUGGCAAGAAUCUGGUCAAGGUGCUGUAUAUCAGACGAGAGGGAACUCACCACUACAUCACUGAGCUGACGGCUAAUGUGGAGCUCACCCUCAAGUCCCGCAAGGACUACUUGACCGGUGACAACUCGGACAUCAUCCCUACUGACACUGUCAAGAACACUGUCCAUGCACUGGCUAAGCUGAAGGGAGUUUUGACCAUAGAGCAGUUCGCCAUGGACAUCAGCAAACAUUUCCUGACGGCUUUCAAUCAUGUGACCAGGGUAAAUGUGAAGAUUGAGGAGGCACCAUGGAGGAGACUGGAGAAGAAUGGUGUCGAGCAUGCACAUGCAUUCAUCUACAGCCCUGAAUCCUGGCGCUUCUGUGAAGUCGAACAGAAUCACAAUGAGAGCCCUAUUCUUCACAGUGGCGUGAAAAACAUGAAGGUGCUGAAGACCACUCAGUCUGGCUUCGAGGGCUUCUUCCGAGACCGCUUCACCACUCUACAGGAGGCCAAGGACAGGUGUUUCUGUACCUCUGUCUACGCCAGGUGGCGCUAUAACAAGGUCCAGAAUGUCGACUUUGACAGCACAUGGAACUCUGUCAAGGAGACAAUAAUUGAGAAGUUUGCUGGCCCAUACGAUCGUGGAGAGUACUCUCCCUCGGUGCAGAAAACCCUCUACGACACACAGGUCAUAGUCCUGGAUAGGGUGCCUGAGAUUGAAGAGAUUGAGAUAGUCAUGCCUAACCAACAUUAUUUCACCAUUGACAUGACGAAAAUGGGUCUCACCAACAACAACGAAGUUCUUCUGCCAUUGGACAAUCCUUCAGGGAACAUCAUGGGCACAGUACGCAGGAAGCCACAAGCAAAGCUAUGAAAAGGAACACAAAGCUACCCGAAAAGACUUUAAUCACAGUGAGAAGAAAACGAUAAUUAAUGUACCAUCGGUUAAGAUCUCUCCAAAUACAGCAUACUGAUCAAUCUACAAGGCUGUGUUCAUUAGGCACCAAACAGAAAGAAAAACAAACUGAAACAGGGAGGACUAACUUGUCCACUUUUUUCUCUGUUGCAAAUGUAUUUCCAUUGCGUGCCCUAAUGAACACUACCCAGGCACAUGUUAAGUGAAGUAAAACAUGUACAAAGCAUUUAAUCCUCAAAAAAAAUCCCUGUUUUAGGUCAGUUAGGAUCACCACUUUAUUUUAAGAAUGUGAAAUGUCAGAAUAAUAGUAGAGAGAAUGAUUUAUUUCAGCUUGUAUUUCUUUCAUCACAUUCCCAGUGGGUCAGACGUUUACAUACACUCAAUUAGUAUUUGGUGGCAUUGCCUUUAAAUUGUUUAACUUAGGUCAAACGUUUCGGGUAGCCUUCCACAAUAAAUUGGGUGAAUUUUGGCCCAUUCCUCCUUACAGAGCUGGUGUAACUGAGUGAGGUUUGUAGGCCUUCUUGCUCUUUUUCAAAUUGUCUAAAGGAUUGAGGUCAGGGAUUUGUGAUGGCCACUCCAAUACCUUGACUUUGUUUUCCUUAAGCCAUUUUACCACAACUUUGGAAGUAUGCUUGGGGUCAUUGUCUAUUUGGAAGACCCAUUUACGACCAAGCUUUAACUUCCUGACUGAUUCCUUGAGAUAUUGCUUCAAUUCUUUUACAUAAUUUUACUGCCUCAUGAUUCCAUCUAUUUUGUGAAGCGCACCAGUCCAUCCUGCAGCAAAGCACCCCCACAACAUGAUGCUGCCACCACCGUGCUUCCCGGUUGGGAUGGUGUUCUUGUUAUGUUUGGAGGAAAAAGGGGAAGGCUUGCGGCUUGCAAGCCUCCCCCUUUUUCCUCCAAACAUAACAAUGGUCAUUAUGGCCAAACAGUUCUAUUUUUGUUUCAUCAAACCAGAGAACAUUCUCCAAAAAGUACGAUCUUUGUUCCCAUGUGCACUUGCAAGCCAUAGUUUGGCUUUUUUUAUGACGGUUUUGGAGCAGUGGCAUCUUUCUUGCUGAUCGGCCUUUCAGGUUAUGUAGACAUAGGACUCGUUUUACUGUGGAUAUAGAUACUUUUGUACCCGUUUCCUCCAGCAUCUUCACAAGGUCCUUUGCUGUUGUUCUGGGAUUGAUGUGCACUUUUCACACCAAAGUACAUUCAUCUCUAGGAGACAGAACGCUACUCCUUCGUGAGGAAGGUAGUCCUUGGAAUACAUCCACAGGUACACCUCCAAUUGACUCAAAUGAUGUCAAUUAGCCUAUCAGAAGCUUCUAAACCCAUGACAUAAUUUUCUGGAAUUUUCCAAGCUGUUUAAAGGCACAGUCAACUUAGUGUAUGUACACUUCUGACCAACUGGAAUUGUGAUACAGUGAAUUCUAAGUGAGGUAAUCUGUCGGUAAACAAUUGUUGAAAAAAUUACUUGAGUCAUAAACAAAGUAGAUGUCCUAACCGACUUGACAAAACUAUAGUUUGUUAACAAGAAAUUUGUUGAGUGGUUGAAAAACGAGUUUUAAUGACUCCAACCUAAGCGUAUGUAAACUUCUGACUUCAACUGUAUAACAAAUGUAUAUAAUUUCUGCUCUGUAUGUAAUUGUAUCUCUUUAAACUGUUUGGAUUGUUGUAACACAGGGCGCCAUUGAAAAAGAGACCUUGUUCUCAAUUGGGAAUUUCUGUAUAAAUAAAUGUACAAAGGAAAAGGAGUGCACAAUCAUGGCAACACACUCUUUGAAAUAAACAUGUUUGAUAAAUAUAAUAAAUCUAUGUAGCAAAAAGAAAGACCUGCAAUAAUUAGCAGGUGCAGAGCAUUUACCCCUCUCUAACAAUACCGCUACAACAUAUUUCAAUUGGAGUUUAAAUGGCAAAAUCAAAGUAAUGUAACUAACUACUACAGAAAAAAUACAGCUGUUGAAUAAACAAAUCAACUACCACA